CAAAGUACAGUCUCGUCCGAUAGCCGCUGGCGAUACGACUUAUCCGAUAUCGCGAUAACCGGCCGUUUAUCAGCGAUAACGAAAAUCGAAGAGGAUCGCCGGCAACCGUCGAACUCGAUUCCAGACAAAAGACUUUUCAGUGAUCCGAGAAGCCUGCCAAGGAUGACAACAACGAAACGCGGCGCCUGGGAAAAUCUGGAUUUCCUGAAACACGGAUCCCGUCGACUCCUACGACACGCGAGAACAAAAUAAAAAGGAGAACGAGGCAAGGCCAAGCUGACCUGUUUCGCCCGUAAUAAUAUUCACGCUUACGCGGUUGAUCGAUCCGUAUAUUCCCUCGCCACUUGACGAGUUCAUUAGAAUUAAUUAAUCCGACGAGCUCCACAUCGCCGUAAAGCGUACGACACGGGGGUAGAGAAAGUAAUGCCGCGGACAGGUCAUCCGUGCCAUCUCAUAAUACGACGCCAUGGUGCAACAGGAAAUGAAACCAAGUGCCCUUAAUUUUGUUACCUCCGAGACCAACAACGCGAGUAUACAAAUGAUGGAAAUUCAACGGGAUGAUGCGUUUAAUUCACUGCCUGUCCUUUCUAGACCGAACGUCAUUACGGCACAGCCGCAAGGAGAAAUCCAGCAACCAAGGAGGCCAAUUCCGGUGAACACUCAAAACUGGACAUCGACCUCGAGGUCUCAGCUGAGCGCGCUCUCGGGGAGCCAUUUUUUGGGCAAUGUGGAACAAUUAGAAAUACAGCAGGUCGUCGAUUUAAGUACACUGUUGGCUAGAUCGGAAAGGGGUGUCCAGUACAGGGUCAAGGUGCCAAGAGCGGAAACGUUGUUCCUGGCAAUGGAGAUGAAACACGAGAAUCGAGUGGACGGAUUCAAUUGGUCCAAACUGAUACGUGGUGACUUUACGUUGAAUGUUAUCGAUCAGUGCGGCGAACCAGCGUUCAUUAUGAAAAUAAACUCCAGAUGGACUUUCACGUUGAACAAACUGCGCAAAAUCACGGUGGGAAGCUCGAACGUGAUAGGAACCGUGGAACAAAAUUUCAGUAUAAUUGGACCAAGCUUUACAGUCUACGACGCGACGCGAAACGAACUUUGCAACAUAUUCGGUCCGAAUGUUUGCGGCUGUUGCAUGUACGAAGAAGCACAAUUCCAAGUGAUCUCUGUCGAUGGUACUCAUCAAAUUGCAUCGUUGAUACAUCAAUGGGACAAUGCACUUCGCGAUUAUACCUUUUUAAUUACGUUCCCAGCGGAUACGGACAUAAAACUGAAAAGCUUGCUACUCGCUGCGGCGUUUCUGGUGGAACACAUGUACUUCAAAUGAAUCAGAAGAACGUCGCGGAUUUGAAUGAAAAAAAACAUGACUUGCGUUAAAAACAUCUGCUUCGUUCAUAUUCGAGACAAGCUCUGAACGAAAAUAUGAUGAAACAUGGAUAAUUGCACAAAAACGAUUACUAGAUUUUUUCUGGCUCAUAGAAAUCUAAAUCGAUGUAUUACCGAUCUUUCGAAUACAA